UCAUCCGAGAAGUCAUGCUCCGCACACAUAUUAUUUAUAGCCGAUCUGAGGCGUGCACGGUGUUUGACAUUUUCCUUCUUUUUAAGUAGGGGGACUCCAAAAAGUCGCGGGCACCCUCCCCCACCCCCCGCAGGCAAAGUGCGGUGGGCAGGCUCCAGGGUGCGGGCGGGAGGUGAAAGCGCCAACCACGCGUGUCCCGGCGCAGGUGCCGGGGGGCGGCGGCGGCGGCGGCCACUCCGCAGCGUCCGCUCGGGAGGAGAGUUCGCGGUAGAUCUCGGGAUGCCUUGCAGAUGCAAAAUGUGUCUCUGGCCAGCAGGAGGAAGGAAGAGGAAGUGAGAGCAGCGGCAGCCGGCGGCGCAGCAGCCGGCGGAUCCCCAGUGUAAGUGCGUGUGCGCGGGCGAGGAUGGGCACGGGAUAGAGGCAGAGCCACCCACACCGCCGCGGCCCUGAGCUGGGGGACAGAGCCUCUGGCCCCCCUUCAAUGGUCACGGGUCGCCAGAGCUCUGGUCGCGGGGAACCCUCGCCGCCACCGCCGCUGUCCUGCGACCCCGGGCAGACCCUGGAAAUUGCAUUAAGAAGAGUUGGGGUCAUCCAUUUGAAGUGAAAAGUGCCAAAGAAGGUACCGAGUGUCCUAUACAUGGGAAGGGGAGCUACCACAGGACUUCAGUCUUUAGGAUCCCAGACACACUGGAGCCCUUAACUUGUGUAGACACGUGUGGCCAUCUGCACUGUAGGAUCCUGGUUCUCCCGGCUUUGGACCCUCGGGGUUUACCAUGCCGCCGCCCGCGGACAUCGUCAAGGUGGCCAUAGAAUGGCCGGGCGCCUAUCCCAAACUCAUGGAAAUCGACCAGAAAAAACCACUGUCUGCAAUAAUAAAGGAAGUCUGUGAUGGGUGGUCCCUUGCCAACCACGAGUACUUUGCACUGCAGCAUGCCGAUAGUUCAAACUUCUACAUCACCGAAAAGAAUCGCAAUGAAAUAAAAAAUGGCACUAUCCUUCGGUUAACCACAUCUCCAGCUCAAAACGCCCAACAGCUCCAUGAACGAAUCCAGUCGUCGAGUAUGGACGCCAAGCUGGAGGCCUUGAAGGACUUAGCCAGCCUCUCCCGGGAUGUCACGUUUGCCCAGGAGUUCAUAAAUCUCGAUGGCAUCUCUCUCCUCACACAGAUGGUUGAAAGCGGCACCGAACGAUACCAGAAAUUGCAGAAGAUCAUGAAGCCUUGCUUUGGAGACAUGCUGUCCUUCACCCUGACAGCCUUUGUUGAGCUGAUGGACCAUGGAAUAGUGUCCUGGGAUACGUUUUCAGUGGCAUUUAUUAAGAAGAUAGCGAGUUUUGUCAACAAGUCAGGCAUGGACAUCUCAAUCCUGCAGCGGUCCUUGGCCAUUUUGGAGUCAAUGGUGCUCAACAGCCAUGAUCUCUACCAGAAGGUGGCUCAGGAGAUCACUAUUGGCCAACUUAUUCCACAUCUUCAAGGGACAGAUCAAGAAAUCCAAACCUAUACCAUUGCAGUGAUUAAUGCACUAUUUCUGAAGGCCCCCGAUGAGAGAAGGCAGGAGAUGGCGAAUAUUUUGGCUCAGAAGCAGCUGCGUUCCAUCAUUUUAACACAUGUCAUCCGAGCUCAGAGAGCCAUCAACAAUGAAAUGGCACACCAGCUGUACGUGCUUCAGGUGCUUACCUUUAACCUUCUGGAAGACAGGAUGAUGACCAAGAUGGACCCCCAGGACCAGGCUCAGAGGGACAUCAUAUUUGAACUUCGAAGAAUCGCUUUUGAUGCAGAGUCUGAACCUAAUAACAGCAGUGGCAGCAUGGAGAAACGCAAGUCCAUGUACACCCGGGAUUAUAAAAAACUUGGCUUCAUUAAUCAUGUCAACCCCGCCAUGGACUUCACCCAGACGCCUCCUGGGAUGUUAGCCCUGGACAACAUGCUGUACUUCGCCAAGCACCACCAGGAUGCCUACAUCCGGAUCGUGCUUGAGAACAGUAGCCGGGAAGACAAGCAUGAGUGUCCGUUUGGCCGCAGUAGUAUAGAGCUGACCAAGAUGUUGUGUGAGAUCCUGAAAGUGGGCGAGCUGCCCAGCGAGACCUGCAACGAUUUCCACCCAAUGUUCUUCACCCACGACAGAUCCUUCGAGGAGUUUUUCUGCAUCUGCAUCCAGCUCCUGAACAAGACGUGGAAGGAAAUGAGGGCAACUUCUGAAGACUUCAACAAGGUAAUGCAGGUGGUGAAGGAGCAGGUUAUGAGAGCUCUUACAACCAAGCCUAGCUCCCUGGACCAGUUCAAGUGCAAACUGCAGAACCUGAGCUACACUGAGAUCCUGAAAAUCCGCCAGUCUGAGAGGAUGAACCAGGAAGAUUUCCAGUCUCGCCCGAUUUUGGAACUAAAGGAGAAGAUUCAACCAGAGAUCUUGGAGCUGAUCAAACAGCAACGCCUGAACCGCCUCGUGGAAGGGACCUGCUUCAGGAAACUCAACUGCCGGCGGAGGCAAGACAAAUUUUGGUACUGUCGACUUUCACCCAACCACAAGGUCCUACACUAUGGAGACUUGGAAGAGAGUCCUCAGGGAGAAGUGCCCCACGAUUCCUUGCAAGACAAAUUGCCGGUGGCAGAUAUCAAAGCUGUGGUGACGGGGAAGGACUGCCCUCAUAUGAAAGAGAAAGGUGCCCUUAAACAAAACAAGGAGGUGCUUGAACUUGCUUUCUCCAUCUUGUAUGACUCAAACUGCCAACUGAACUUCAUAGCUCCUGACAAGCAUGAGUACUGUAUCUGGACGGAUGGGCUGAAUGCGUUGCUGGGGAAAGACAUGAUGAGCGAACUGACCCGGAAUGACCUGGACACCCUGCUCAGCAUGGAAAUCAAGCUCCGCCUCCUCGACCUGGAAAACAUUCAGAUCCCCGAUGCGCCUCCCCCCAUCCCCAAGGAGCCCAGCAACUAUGAUUUCGUCUAUGACUGUAACUGAAGUGGCUGGGCCCAGAAGCGCCCCCCUCCAAAACUGGAAAAUCGAGCUAAUGGGAGAGAAGAAUGAAAACACACCCACGCCUUGGAACCCUCUCGCGGUCAAGAGAAGCUGUGGGUCAACACUGUCUUUGGCCUCGCCUCUAGCCCCAGCAUUCUUCUGCCCCUACCUGGCGUCUUGCUCACUGCCCUGAUUCUGUUUCUAGACUCCAUUGCUUUAGGUCACUUCCCACUGCUGCAGUCUCCUGGCGGGAGCAGAGCAAAACCCGCCACCAAUAAGAGAGCCAAAGGGCCCUUCCAUCUGGACCCCCUGCCCAAUGCCCAGCAGGCACAUCCUCCCUCCCUGGAGGGGGCAAGCCGGCAGCACCAGACUGCCCCAAAGCCUGCCCGUCAGAUCGAAGGGAAUGCCCCAGUGCUUGUGUCUGGAAGAAACAGCCUAGCUGCCAGAGAAGACCAAACACCACCUCCUUGUUCCCCUUCUCUAUGGAGUCUGCUCACAUCCCCAGUUCCCUGUGAUUCGAAAUCUGCUUUCAGAUCCCUUCUCUCCUCUGUGCAGGCCUUUGCCUUGUGCUGUUCCUCUCUGGUUCCAGGAGCAGCAGCAGCAGCCUCGUCAGAGCCGUGGCCGCACCGGGUCUCCUGGACCCAGUCCCAGGUCCCGUGCCCACUUCACGUCUGCACUGUGACCGUGACCAACCUUCCUUCCUCGCCAGCUAGUCUUGGGUGUCCUCUCUCUGCCUCAGCCCACGCCUGCCCUCUUCGGGCCUCAUACCCUCCCAGCCCCUUAGUUGAAAGCACAAUUGGUGAAAUCAGUCGUCAUCCCCAUCUCUAAUAUACUAAACCGAAAUGCCUCUGUGGCAGGCGGCCCCCCUCGACGGGUUUGGUGUGUUUGGUGUUAACCUUCUCCUGGGGGUUCUGCUAUAACACAGGCCCCUCAGGAUGGUCAAGCUGUCGGACAUCCAAGUUUACAUCAUUGUAAUUAUUACAGGUAUUGACAAUUUGCAAGGGUUGGGGGAUGGUUGGUUGUUUUGUUUUGUUUGCUUUGUUUUUGUACAAAAGAGUCUAACAUUUUUUUGCCAAACAGAUAUAUAUUUAAUGAAAAGAAGAGAUACAUAAAUGUGUGUACUUUCAAGGUUUUUUUUUUAAUUAUUUUAAUCCUAAACAUCUUCCUGAGAAUAACAUUCCCUUACACAUGCUGUGGAAUAAAAUGAAUUGUGAUGA